GCCUCCCGCUAAGGUACGACGAGGAGGGCAUCGAUGCCGUCGACAUCGAGGCUUCGAGUGCGCCUGUGUGGUGGGACUGGCGGGGUAAGCACGCUAAGGUUUGCCCCUGGUGCCCAGAGCUGCUGUGCUCGGCGCGGCACCUCUGGGCCGCCUGCCCGCGCUUAGACGCGGUCGGCAUCCAUGCAGGCUGGUGGGCUGCCCAGUCGCUGGUUACGGCCAAGUCUGGCUGGAUCACGGAUCGUGCUGGGCCCUCGGUCGAGCGCCUGGUGGUUCAGUUGCAGAUCGCGGCCUGCCGCUUCGGCCUCGAUAUCGUUUGGGCGCCUGGCAUCCGCUCCGCGGAGCCGGUUGACGGCCCUGGUGGCGACGGCGCGACGCACCCCGCACCGAACUCCCGUCGGGGCGACUCUGGCCAGGCUGGCGCGGCCCCGGCUGUAAUGGCGAGGCGGCGGCCUCGUGACGAGGCGGCCGUGGAGCACGCGCGGCGGGGCGGCGACGACCCCGGCAACCUUCCCAAUAG